UGGGUACCCACAUCUACGGCCUGCAUCCUUUUUCCUCCAGCUGUGCAGCAUUGGAGCCUGAGUGCGAGCAAAGGAAGCCUCAUUGCUUGACACACACUCAAACGAUCCAAAAUAUGGGAGAAAAUACACGUAUAGAGGGGAUAAUCUUGUACCGUGCCCUGGAGCGGUGUUCCCAGUACACUGAAUGCUUGGGCGGCCACCCAGACGAGAGUCAUCAGAUUUAUUCCGUACGUGGAUAGGAAAAACAUUAAAGGGAACAUUGGCCUGGAGAUGAUGGAUGGGAGAGUGCAUGGUGCUGAGAUGAAAGAACACAACCCAUGCUAUGUCCCGAUUGUAUUGACGGCUGUCAUUAAAUGCACACUGGUAUAUUUCACAUCAUUUAUUGAUUUUACAAACGAAGGAGCGUGACCCGCGUCCUUCCCUGCAGAGGGCCAUGGAGCCGGGCAGCAUUGAUAAUUUGUCCAUCCUAUACCAGAGCUCGGACUUCAUCGUGGUCAACAAGCACUGGGACGUUCGUAUCGACAGCAAGAUGUGGUACGAGAAACUGACCCUGCAGAGCCAGCUGAAGCACCGCUUCCCAGAGCUGGCUGACCCAGACACGUAUUACGGCUUCAGGUUUUGCCAUCAGCUAGACUUUUCCACCAGUGGGGCCCUCUGCGUUGCGCUCAACAAAGCUGCUGCCGGUAGCGCAUACAAGUGUUUUAAGGAGCGGAUGGUGACCAAGGCCUACCUUGCUCUGGUCAGGGGGCACGUGAGGGAAAGCCGAAUGACCAUCCACUAUGCCAUAGGGAAGAACACCACAGAGGGCAUGACCCACAUGAUGUGUAUCGAAGGGACGGAAGGCUGUGAAAAUCCAAAGCCGUGCCAGUCCGAGCUGACCGUCCUGGAGCAUGGAUCGUACAGCGGCGACCCCGUGACUAAAGUGCUUCUGCAGCCGCUGACAGGCCGGACACACCAGCUCCGAGUUCACUGCAGCGCUGCCGGACACCCCAUCGUGGGGGACUUCACCUACAGCUUGAAGAAGGACAGCAGCCCGUACAGAAUGAUGCUUCAUGCCCACUACCUGCGGAUCCCUGCCGGCAAGGAACUAAUUGAGGUGAGAGCUCCUGACCCCUUCCUGACCUCGCUGGAUAGCAACUGGGUCCCACACCGCGUGGUUCACCGACUGGACGAGAUGAUCCAGGAACUGAAGGACAAGACCCUCCGGGUGGAGGAAGAGGCAAGGCACCGGGAAGCAUCUCUUAGUAGCGGGGAAGAGGAGAUGCCCAGCAAAGCCAAGAGCCUGGAGACGGAGGAAGAGCGAGCCAAGUGUGAGCAGUGGUUGGCGGAGUGGGCCCUGGAAUGAGCUGCUGCUGGUGCUAUGCCUUUCAGACCCACUCCCCCGUUUGAUCACAGUGGCACCUGGCCGAUCCCCAUCCCCCCAGCACCCAACACGUCGCCGCAUCAGCACGUUUUUAUGCCUCCGAACGGCGCUUCCAGGGGUUCAUGUCUGGGAGUGAAAUUGGACUGAAUUUUAGCACCACUUGGCGUUUUGGUUUUCAUGAGUGAAACACCACCCCACCCUCUCCGGGGGCACUUUUCCUUGCUCUGCAACUCAGCGAUAGGAUCGGAAUGUUGUGCACCGUAUCCGAAAAGAGGCAGGAGCCCUGGCACUUUUGUUUUAGCGCUAAACCUGCUCGCUGCAUGUCAGCCGUUACGGAGCUUGGGCAGAAAAUGGUGACACUGCUUUCAAGCCCGUAGUCUGAAACAUUGCCAAGAUCCAAAGGGAAUCAGUCAUAAAGAAGAGGUGUGAACCUGAUUUCUUUCUGGCUGGAAUAUUUCGAUCUGCUUUUGCUUCCCCAUUCCCGUCUACGGAGCGAUCGCAUGCACUCGCUGACUCCUACUAGCUAUUGCUGUCUUCCAGUGCAGGGUGUAAGGAAGGAGCAUGUAGCAUUUUGCACUGAUCCCGCUAAAAGAAUCAGCCGCAUGCUUUGCCACUAAUUCCCCAUGCGGGUGAACCCCAGUUAAACCACCGCUAGGAGGUUCCUCUGAUGGGCACGCGUUGGACUCUAGCUUUCCCGAGUCUGGGCUUGUCACCGCUGCAUUUAGACCAUUUGUAUUUUUAAAAGGUUUUACAUGAAUGAACACUGAUGAAUUUUAAACUUUCUAUGGAAAUUCGACACGGGAUACAGUCCUGUAGUAUUUCCGCAAGGCUAUCAGUCUGAUGUUUGUAACCUCACACUUCUAGUACCGUGGCACUAGGAGCAGAUUUAAAAAUACCCAACGCCCCAAGACUUUUUCCUACGGGUGGUGAGAUUUUAUUACACCCUGCCCUGCUACGCUCCUUUUCCAAGAGCUGGUGCUUGCCUGGCGAUGCACAUCUGACUCCUGCUUAGAACCAAAAUGGGCAUUUUCUGCAAUUCUUAGUAGGAAAUCACAACCCGAAGUCAAUUCGUGAAAAAUCACCUUUCUCUCCUAAUGCCUGUGACCAGGCACUGCCCGGCUUUCAUCACUAGAUGGUGCCAGAAGAAGCAUCAGGCUUCAGAGACCCCCUGUUUAAAUUGUCUUGGGAUUCCAGCAGUGAGACUAGAGGAAAACCCACAAAACCGAAGGAGUGCUAAGGGGCGGAUGCUCACAAACGAGAGCGAGGAAGCUUUGAUUUAAGGGGAGAACGCAGUGUCCCUGUUUUGGGAGAGUCGCGAAUUGAGGGUUUGCCUCACCCGAGGAAUUUCCUUGCUUUGCAAAUCUAAUUCAUAUCUUCUGCGGGGCCAUUUUUAAAACUUUUUUCUUCAGCGUUUAAAGGUAGUUUUAAAAUAAUGGGAUAACGUUGUCCUGGAAUUCUGUGAGCCAGGCCACGGAUUAUUGCGACAGUAAACCAGAAUAGCCCGCUUAGAUCCACUGUGCCCUGUGCAUCCUAGUAUUUAUAUUGCACCUGUCACCUUAUUAGCUAAGCCCUGAGGUGUCACAUCAGUGUACGCCUGUAGGGUCCCUUAAUCCCCAGCCUAUUGUGCAAGUGACCAUGCGAACCGAUUCAGUGUUGUAGCCAUGCUAAUCCCAGGGUAUGAGAGAAGCCAGGUGGGUAAGACCAACCUCUGGGUGAAAGAGACAAGCUUUUGAGCUUUUACAGAGCUUUUCUGAAGGUCAGAGUUAAGGAUACUACUUCAUCCACCUUGUCUUUCUAACGCUGCACCCUCUCGUGCCUAAGAGAAUCCACCUGCGUGUUGCCCCAGAUGAGAAAUCUGUCCGCGGGGAGAGGUGAAAGAACUCCCAUCGCUACCCAUGAGAUGUGGAAACGAACAUUCUGUGGGGUCACUUCAGUCAGUGGUUUUCAAACUUUUUUUUCUCAUGACCCGGUUGAAGAAAAUUGUUGGUGCCUGCGACCCAAUAUAAUUUGACUAGUGUGAGCUCCGGGGUGGGGCCGAGGAGGGGAGCUUUGGGCUGUAGGAAGGGGCUCUGCUUUUGGGGGAGGGG